AUGGGAUCCAGCCGGAUGGACAAGACCAGCGAGACGGGGGAGGGCAAGCACGUCCCGCGGGCUGUGUUCAUCGACUUGGAGCCCACGGUGAUCGACGAGGUGCGGACCGGUACCUACCGGCAGCUCUUCUGCCCCGAGCAGCUCAUCACCGGAAAGGAGGACAAGGCCGACCAGUGUACCGGACUGCAGGGGUUCCUCAUCUUCCACAGUUUCGGGGGCGGCACCGGAUCGGGCUUCAUCUCCCUCCUCAUGGAGAGAUUUUCCGUCGACUACGGCAAGAAAUCCAAGCUGGAGUUUUCCGUCUACCCGGCGCCGCAGAUCCCCACCGCCGUGGUCGAGCCCUACAACGCGGUGCUGGUCACCCACUGCACCCUGGAGCAUUCCGACUGCGCAUUCAUGGUGGACAACGAGGCCAUUUACAACGUGUGUCCGCCGAACCUGGACAUCGAGCGCCCCACCUACACCAACCUCAACCGCCCGAUCGCGCAGAUCGUGUCGUCCAUCACCGCCUCGCUGCGCUUCGACGGCGCCCUCAACGUGGACCUGAUCAAGUUCCAGACCAACCUGGUCCCCUACCCGCGCAUCCACUUCCCGCUCGCCACCUACACGCCUCUGAUAUCGGUCGAGAAGGCUUACCACGAGCAAUUAUCGGUCGCCGAAAUCACCAACCCCUGCUUCGAGCCGGCCAACCAGAUGGUGAAGUGCGACCCCCGCCAGGGCAAGUACAUGGCGUGCUGCAUGUUGUACCGCGGGGACGUGGUGCCCAAGGACGUCAACGCCACCAUCGCCACCAUCAAGAGCAAGCGCUCCAUCCAGUUCGUUGAGUGGAUGCCGACCGGGUUCAAGUUGAGUGAAGGGUUUGGGACAAAACUGUGUGCACCCGGUGGAGGAGGGACAUUGGCUCUGUUUGUCCUAGACCUCAGCGCCCUCGACCGGGGAACAGGAGCUCUUCAAUUCACACAGAACACGGGGUUUACACUUCGAAGUGGUUGGGACAAGCUCGCAUGUUCCAUGAAAGGAUAUCUAAUUUCUGCACUUUCCCUACCCCCGAAGGUGGGCAUCAACUACCAGCCCCCGACGGUGGUGCCCGGGGGCGAACUGGCCACGUGA